AUGUUCCUUGCUGAUCGGCUAGAAGCAUCAAAUGAGGACACUGACCUCGAUGCUCCUUUGGCGGAUGAUCCCCUCUCAAUUUCCACCAAAACUGUCGAGGUGGAUAACGGAGUAACAUCCAGAAGGAUCAGCACUACUGAUGCCGGUAGAGCUCCUCGAGAUCGCGGUGACGUCGAAUCGCUCUUUUCUACUCCAAAGGAUGGACCUCAGAAUGAAGUCUAUGAGGAAAGUGGAAACGCCUAUUCCAGCGAUGGUUAUCUCAAAAAGUGA